CUGGGAAAAUGACGUGACACCGGAGAUAACCUAACUUUUACAAGUGCCACUUAAAAAAACUGGAAUUUGACCAUUCCAUAAAAUACGAUAAAUUUCAAGAUCAUCCGCUGCUCCCAUGUUAACAAAUUAAUUACAUUUCACCGACGGUUCGCAACUUAACCACCGGUGUUGCAACGAUGAUAAUCAAAUUAGAUAACAGCAAGCAAGUGGUUGUAUUUGUUUAUUUUGUUUGUUUAGUGUGCUUUCGGUUACCGUCUGUUGUGUUUCUCUGAUUCAUGUCCAGCAAAAUGAAUUCCCUGAACCAAUGUCUGUUUGGAGCACAAACAGUUCAGUUUGCCUAGAACUUGGCAAAAAUCAUCCUUACAAGGACGGAUUUGGGGACAGACCACAUAGACUGUAUAGUAAAUACCUUCAUUCCUUAAAGCGUUCCAAGAUGUCCCACCCCACGGACGAACUUCAAACCCGUCGUUACCUCUCCUGGAGAAAACUCCACCUGUCAAGAGCCAAACUCAAAGCGUCCAGCAAAACGUCAGCAUUGCUCUCCGGUUUUGCGAUGGUCGCCAUGGUCGAGCUCCAAAUCCAAAGCACCCAAAAGGUCACCAGCGAAGUGCUCGUCGCUUUCACGGUCAUCACGACGCUCUUAGUAGCGGUCCACAUGCUCGCGCUUAUGAUCAGCACUUGCAUAUUACCGAACAUAGAAGCGAUAUGCAAUCUGGACUCGAUAAAUCUCGUGGAAGAAUCGCCGCAUGAAAGAUUGCAUUGGUACAUAGAGACAGCUUGGGCCUUUUCUACUCUCCUAGGCCUCAUCCUUUUCUUAGCGGAGAUCGCGAUAUUAUGUUGGGUGAAGUUUAUUGAUAUUGACAGUUACGCCGCGUGGUCGGCAACGGUGGUGCUGGUGCCUAUUUUGUUCGUUUUUUUAGCGUUCGCGGUUCAUUUUUACAGGUCUUUGGUUGCGCACAAGUACGAGACGACUCUGUCGGGGAUCAGAGAAUUGGAGAUGCUCAAGGAGCAGAUUGAGCAAGGUGAUAUCGAGGGUAGGAAUGGUAUCAAUGAACUUAUACAUAACAUACAUGUUGUUUGAAGGCUGAACUUUUGUUUUUGAAUAUUUUUACAGCGGUGAGUUGAAGAUUCACACCUAGAAAGAUCUGAAUUAUUUCUCAAUAUUUUCUUUUAUAGAUCUGAUGCGGUGAAGUUGACUUAACAGAAAGUCAUGGAAUAUGCCAUUUAGAUUGUUGACAAACGGAAUUGUUUUGUUUUUAAACUUGUCUGGCAGUUUUAAUGCUCUCAUUUCUAUUCUAUGUUAUUUUCUAAUAUUUUUCAUUCAAAGGUACCUUUUUGAAAGCAUAAAAAAUAAAAAUAAUAGUUCUUUUCACGGUCAUUGGCGGUUACGUCAUUAACGUCUUACGAAAGUAUUUGGUUAAUGAAGGCUCCUUGCUUUUAUUCACCUUCACAAAAUACUCCUGAAAGUCGGGACUUUCCUUUUCAGAUAGAAAUGCGGUUAUAAUAACAAAGCUAAUAUGUGGUGAAACAACAGCACACAAGUAAAUUAAAAAUUACUCAUCGUUCAUCGAAGAGAAAUUGCAAGUACAGCUCUGUCACUUGUAAGUAUCUUUCCAAAUAAUCGCAACUUAUUGCGAAAAUCUUACACGUAGAUCGUCAACCGUGUCCAUCUCAGUUUUAUACGCUAAACCUUUCAUUUCGCCCCAAACAAAAAGGUAAAUCACGAAGGAUCUUGAAAAACGAUCUACUUACACUCGCGAAGCCUCGGUAGCGUUUUGAAGACACCGUAAAUUAAAAUAAUAUUGCUGUAUGUGUGUGAAAUUUUUGCGUUGUUUGUUUAGAACCGAUGUGUAAAGGUUUUGUCUACCAACGCGGCCAGCGCCUGGAUUCGAACCCUCAUCUCUCCAUUCCGUUUAGUCUACAGAACUAGCUUCCAACCAACAUUCAGGACAGAUUGUUAGGGGCAAACCCGGAUUGCUAAGGCAUCUAGUUGCACCACGCGGUCUCGUGGGCACACUCCACGGUACUACUGGAUCGUAAUCCUGAAAGUUCGCUAGCAGCCAGUUUUCCUUAUCUCUAAUUGUGUACUUAACAACGUAUGUCCGAAGCUUGCACGAACAAAUGACGGCGCACAGAGUCAGAUUGCAUAUGUAUAUAUACGGGAUAUGGAUGUAUAAAAGUGUGACCCGCCAAAAAGCGUGAGAUGAACUAUAUGCCGGAUUGUCAAUCAAAAUAAGCACUCAACAUUCGUUUUUUAAAAAUUAUUGUUUCAAAUUACACUACGGAUGCUUUCCGUUUUGGAAUCCCAGUUUUUUUUUAAUGACUGGAUUAUACAUUUCGAGUGGUAUCUGACGAAUAACGCUGAUUGCUAGUUCCUGGAUGUAGAUGCAGCCCCAAAGAAAAUAUCUAGAAGUGUGACAUCGCAGGCGGCCGAUUUAUUGAAUUUCAAGCAGGAAAAUAUGUUAUGGUAACGUUUGCCAAAUACCAAUUGGAAUUCCAGAAUACAUUGCAUUGUACGUAGUAACAUUUGAAAGAAAUAACCUACAAAACUGAAUGCUCGGAAUGCUUUUUCCUUCAAUAAAAGUCAUUAAACUAGAUUUGUAGUGUUUGGUUUGUAUAAAAACAAUGAACCAUUUGUUAGAUACUGCUUUAUCUAGAUCUGUUCGCUAGUAUUUUUACAACAGGUUCAAAUAUAUUUUUAUAUGGCUUCUAGAUUUAUCCUUAAUUCUUCAAUUGUUUUGUUUAUCGAUAUCAUUGGCAAGAGAAACCAACCUUUGAUUUAUUUUUUACUAUUUUUUUUUGUACGGCUUCUAGAUGUAUGCUUAAUUAUCCCAUUGCUUUGUUGUACGACGCUUUGUGUCUUGAUCUUUUCUUGCAAUUUAUCGAUAUUGUAUUUUUAUACGCCGUGGCAAAUAAUUUUUUUAUAAAAUGAGAAGUAGUAAGGGAAGUCAUUUGGAACUACUGUGAUUUUUAUUAGGUUGAAAAUAAAAGUAUAUUUUAAUAAAUUCUUGCUUUAACGUAUCUUUACUGACCUUAUCUUCAGAAUGGCGACAGUCUGGCCCACAACUUACUUGGUUCACAAAUAUUGUUGAACUAUGUUUUGUGUGUUCUAU